UCAGUUCCCACAUCAACUCCACAAUUGGAUUCCACAUCAUCUCCAUCACAAUCAGGUCCCACAUCAUCAAGUCCCUCAUCAACUCCAUCACAAUCGGGUCCCACAUCAUGUCCAUCACAAUUGGGUCCCACAUCAUCUCCAUCACAAUCGGGUCCCCCAUCAUCCAGUCCCUCAUCAACUCCAUCACAAUCGGUUCCCACAUCAUGUCCAUCACAAUUGGGUCCCCCUUCAUCAGUUCCCACAUCAUCUCCAUCACAAUCGGGUCCCACAUUAUCCUCAUCAACUCCAUCACAAUUGAGUCCCACAUCAUCUCCAUCACAAUCAGGUCCCACAUCAUCAAGUCCCUCAUCAACUCCAUCACAAUCGGGUCCCACAUCAUGUCCAUCACAAUUGGGUCCCACAUCAACUCCAUCACAAUCGGUUCCCACAUCAUGUCCAUCACAAUCGGGUCCCACAUCAUCCAGUCCCUCAUCAACUCCAUCACAAUCGGUUCCCACAUCAUGUCCAUCACAACUGGGUCCCCCGUCAUCAGUUCCCACAUCAUCUCCAUCACAAUCGGGUCCCACAUUAUCCUCAUCAACUCCAUCACAAUUGGAUCCCUCACCAUCAGGUCCCACAUCAACUCCAUCACCACUGCAUCCCCCAUCAUCAGUUCCCACAUCAUCUCCAUCACAAUCGGGUCCCACAUCAUCUCCAUCACCACUGGGUCCCCUCACCAUCAGGUCCCACAUCAUCUCCAUCACUAUUGCAUCCCCCAUCAUCCUCCAAGAUCCACUGACAACUAUCUUCUGUCUGCAAAUGAAUCCUGUUGGACAAUGGCUCCUAUCUGAUUGUACACUUAAUUUUUUGAAUACAGCAAAACCAUCUUCAGUCCAAUCAACUGACAAUUCGAGUAGAGCUCCCUACCUGGAUAUACGUUCAUUUUCAGAGCCGAUAGCCUUGUCGUUCGGCAUUUUCAUGGACCAGGAUACGGCGCCUGAAAACCCAUUCUUCUCCGGGGAACGCUUUUAUGCUUGUUUGUCACUUUCUUGAAAGGUUAUAGGUAUCUACGUUCCUUCCGUCUGUCAGCUAAAAGAGCUUGUUAAAGGCAAAGGAAGAUGGCCGCGGAUUGGAAGGCAGAGGACAUAAAAAGUACUGGGACAAAGGAGGAAAAUAGAUCUCUGUGUGUAUUUAGCACAUCUGGGUUGCCAUCUGCUUUUCUGGCACCAGGUCUACCGGAAGAGAAGCAUGAUCCUGCCAAAGACAAACCACAUCUCCCAGGAUCCCACUGCAGUGAGAUAUGGAAGUUAAAGUGGUGUCAAACUGCAUCAAUUCUGCAGUGUGGAUGCACUCUUGGUGGCAAGUCAAGAUAAUCCGGCUCCUUGUCCCUCCGCCAUCUGUACGCCGGCAUCAUUUGCUCGGUAAUUGCAUGUCGCCUUGUGAUUUAAAAGCCGGGCGGCAGAUUGCUCCUUUGCUUAAAUAUAGAAAUGCCCGACAACAGGUUAAGAAGGGAAAAGCAAGCCUUCUGCGGCUGCAGCAUGCGUGAAAUGGCAGGUUGCAUAUUGCACACUUCCGUGCAGGCGGUGAGGCAUUUGCUUUCCAAUCCCAGAUUGAAUAUUAAAGCGAAAAUAAAAAGAAGGCAAAUUCUA